AUGACAACCCAUGUAACAUUUUCACAAUCAGAAGGUGAAAUGGAAAAUACUAACAGCAAUUCAGAAUAUUCUUCAGAGUCUCACACAUCAUCUGAGUCAAGUUCUUAUACCAGAUUUCAUAAGCAAGAAGAAUAUUGGAAACAACAUUUAGGAGAAAAUACAAAAAUGCCAAAGGCUGUUACGGAUUCUUUAAAAGAAAAUAACAAUUUAGAAGGUCACGCACAAAUGGAUGGCAACGCAAUGCUUAAGUUUAAAAGUUAUGUUGGAUCUAAAGGUUCUGGAGGUUCCAAUUUUAACACAAAUAAACAAAUGGAAGAUGUUGAAGCUAAUACUGGCACUGAAACACCAAACGAUAAAAAUUUUGGUUCUUCAUCAACUUCAAGUCAAUCGUCGAGCAAGUGGUCAAGUGAGCAUUCUAGCCAUUCGUCUAGCCAUUCGUCAUGGUCACACCAUGCCACAAGUCAAGCUUCUGGAAAAUCUUCAAGUCACACAUCAAGAAAAUCUUUAAGUCACAAAUCAAGUCAUGAAUCAGGGUCAUCAGAGUCAUCAAGCCAAACAUCAAAUUCUGCUAAAGCUUCUAGUAACUCAUCUAAUCAAUAUUCUAAUAUGCAUACUGGGCAAGAAUCAAGCCAAGCACCAAGUUCAACAAAAGGCUUAAGCAAAGCUAAUGGUCAGUCGUCUAAAGGAUCAUCAAGCCAAUCUUUAGAAAAUUCUUCUAGACAAGAUUUAAGUAAAGCGUCAAGUCAAGCAUCAGAGUCAGAUCAAGACUCAAAUAAAGCUUCUAACAAAUCUCCUGAAACACCUGCAGGCCAAGAAUCAACCCAAUCACCAAAUACAUCAUUUAAUCAAGAUUCAAAUCAAGCCUUGAUGUUAAAUAAAACAUCAAGUUCAACUGAAGGAACAAAUCAAACAGCUGAGAAAUCGCCAAAUACACCAUCAAGAAAAGAAUCCAACAAAGCCUUUGAAAAAACCUUAAGUCAAAACUCUAGCCAAGCAUUAGGUGAAGCACCAAGCAAAACUUCUAAACAUGCAUUUGAUGAACAAGGAUCUAAGUCAUCAAACCAAGAAUCAAAUAGGGACUACACGAAUCACUCUUCUGAACAAUACCCUAGAGAGUCCUCAACUCAAUCAUCAAAUAACAAUUCUAAUAACAAUUCUAAUCACGAAUCUGAACAAUCUUCUAAUAAUUCUAAAAAUCAAGCAUCUAGGCAAUCUUUUGAGAACUCAUCAAUUCAAAACUCCAACCAAGCUUCCAACGAGUCUUCUUCAAAAUCUUCAAGCGAUAAUCAAAGUCAUGCAUCAAAACAACCAAUAGAUAAGCCUUUAAGUAAAGCUUCCAACAAAAACAUUAGUCAAGCAACAGGAAAUUCUCUUAAGAAAUCCUCAACUCAGGGCUCAAAUCAAAACACAAAUCAAGAAACCAAAAAGUCAUUUGAUAAAUCUUCAAGUCAUGCUUCAAGUCAAAACUCUAACCAAGCAUCCAAACACUCUAACCAAGCAUCAGAUCAAAACUCAAAUCACUCCUUUAACCAAACAUCCGGCAAUUCCUCAAGAUUGGAUACAAAUAAAGGAUAUGAUCAGGAAUAUAGCCAGAAACUUAUUCAAGGAUCCAAACAAGCCUCAACAAAUAACUCUAGCCAAGCCUCUGGAGAAGCCUUAAGCCAACAAGCUAAUGAAGAAUCCAAUCAAACUUCUAGGCAUCACUCUAGUAAGGUAUCUGAAUAUGGCUCAAGCAAACACUCUAACCAAGCAUCUGGGAAAUCCUCAAGCCAACACUCUAGUCAAGGAUCUUCAAAAGGCUCAAGUAACUACUCUAGCCAAGCAUCCGGGAAAUCCUCAAGCCAACACUCUAAUCAAGGAUAUUCACAAGGCUCAAGUAACUACUCUAGCCAAGCAUCCGGGAAAUCCUCAAGCCGACACUCUAGUCAAGGAUCUUCACAAGGGUUAAGUAACUACUCUAGCCAAGCAUCUGGAAAAUCCUCAAGCCAACAUUAUGGUCAAAGAUCUUCACAAACCUCAAGCAAUAACCACUCUAGCCAAGCCUAUGAAAAAUCCUCUAACCAACACUGUGAUGAAAAUUCUGGUAAAACAUAUAGCCAUCAUUCCAAUAAUGCUUCAAAAAAACACUCAAAUCAAGGAUCCGAACAAGUAUCAAGUAACCAUUCAAACCAAUACUCUAAUAAAGGUUCCAAUCAAACAUCUAGCCAAGACUUAGGUCAAGGAUCUGAACACUCCUUAAAUGGCCACAAUUCAAGCCAACAUACUAUUGAAAAAUCUGAUCAAGCAUCUAGAGAACAUUCUAAUCAAGCAUCAAACCAGCAAUCCACCCAAGAAUCUAACGAAGCCAUAAACCAAAACUCCAAUAAAGUAUCUGGUCAAUCAAACCAAAACCCCACUAAAACUUUUGAUCAGCCCUUUAACCAAAUUUCUAACCAAACAUCCCAAGAAACCUCUAACCAAGCGUCACAACAAGUCUCAAACCAGAAUUCAAACCAAGAAAAUAAUAAUGUCACAAACCAAAAGUCUUGGCAAGCUUCAGGAAAAUUAUCAAGUGAAGAAUCAAAAAGGCACUCUAAUACAAAUUCCUUGAAAUCUUCUGAUAAAUCCUCAAGUCAACACUCAACUAAUGGAACAAAUCAAGCAUCUAGACAACAUUCUAGUCAGGAUUCCGAUCAAACCUCAAACCACCACUCUCACCAAUCAUCUACCGAAGCAUCAAACCAACACUCUAGUGAAUCAUCUGAUAAAUCCACAUACCAACAUUCUAAUGAAGCAUCGAAUAAUUCCUCAAACCAACCCUAUAGUCAAUAUUCCCAACAAGCCCCGAGCCAAACAACUAGCCAAGAUGCUCAGCAAGCCUCAAGUCAAGAUUCUAGCAAAACAUCCAAGAAAACUUCAAGCGAACACUCAAGUCAAGUACCUAACCAAGACACAAGCCAAAACUCUAGGCAAGCAUCUGGUGAAACUUCAAGACAACAUUCACACCAAGAACUUAAUAAAAAAGAAUCAAGACAACACUCUAGAGAAGAUUCAGGGAAAUUCUCAAGUAAGUCCUCUAGCCAAGACUCGGAUGAUGGAUCUGAUCAAUUAUACAACAAACCCUCUUAUAAAAGAUCCAAUCAAGCCUCAAGCCAAAAACCUAUUCAUUCAUCUAAUGAAUCCUCAAGCCAACGCUCUAGUAAAUCAUCCAAUGAAACCUCAAACAAACACUCUAGCCAAGCUUCACAACAAGCCUCAAGUCAACCAGCUAAUGAAGCAUCUAAGGAAGCCUCGGAAAAUAAUUCUAGCCAAUUAUCCAAACACCAUUCAAGCCACAACUUUGAAUCAAGGAAAAAGUCUAGUGAGGAUUCUAAGAAAUCAUCAAGACAACAAUCUAACCAAGAAUCAAGUCAAAACUCCAGUCAACACUCUAGCAAGGCUUCUAAUCAUGCCUUUAAUAAACAAUCCAACCAUGCCUCUAGUAAAUCAUCCAGUCAGUCUUCCACCCAAUCCUCAAACAAUGCUGCAGGCUCUAGUAAGAGUUUUUAUGGCCCUCCUAGAUCAUCCGCUACAGACAUGAGCAAAAGCUACGGAGCACCUGUGGACUCACCCAAAGGCAUGGAGAAAUCCUCCUCCAUUGAGUCACUCGAAGGCUCCCAAACCAUGAAACAAGACAUUUCCAGUAUUGUGGAUGCUGUUGCUUCACUCUUCUUUUCCGAGAGUGACUUAAGCCUAGGGAAGAAAAUGAACCUCCACUUCAUGAAGUCGACUAAUCCAACCACCUUCGUAUCUCGAGAUAUGGUUGAAAAACUACAUUUCUCCUUAGCCAACUUACCCGCAAUCUUAAAACACUUCAAUCUGAAACAAGACUCACUAGAGGCCACCAUGAUGAACGAAACACUACAAUAUUGCGAGGAUGAACAAGGUGGUGAUAAGUGUUGUUACUCCUUGGAAUCCAUGGUUGAUUUUGCCACUGCUACGAUAGGAUCGCAACUUAAGGCAAUAUCGGCAAACAUAGAUAAAGAUAUCAAUAUGGAGUACAAAGUCACAGGGAUCAAGAAGCUUCCAUGUGGUGCUCAAGCAGUAACUUGCCAUAAGAUCCCUUUCCCUUGCGCUGUGUUCUAUUGCCAAAAGAGAGAGAACAUGAAUGUGUACAUAGCAACUUUGGUGGGUUCAGACAGCUCCACCUUGAAUGCACCAGCAGUUUGCCACAAAAAUUCAAACUUAGAUGACCAUGCUCAUUCGCUAUCCUUUCAAUUUGAGCCUAAAACAUGUGCUAUUUGCCAUUUUCUACUUGAUGAUGAUGUAUUAUGGAUUGCUAAAUAG